GGAAGGCGACGGGCGGCUUCCGGCGGGAGGCUGCGGGGCGCCGAGCGCUGCCGGCCCGCGGGGCUGAGGGGCGCCGGCAGCUCCGCGGUGAGGGGAGAUCCCCGCGGGCAGAGAUGUUGGUGCACUUGUGGGGGUUCCUGUACAGCAGCUACUUCCGGUUCUGGCUGAAGUGGCUCUGGCGGCUGCUGACGGGGAAGUGCGAGCUGCAGCGCGUCUUUGAGGGCGCGAAGGAGGGCGCGCGGAGGACGCUGGGCAUAGAACGUUCACUGGGAUCAUCAAAAAGCAAGGUUCUAAGAAAUGCCCUAAAUGCUGAUGAAACCGAAAUAGAGAAGUGUGUCAGAGAUGUAAUGAAAGAAAAGAAAAUUGAACAGAAGGAUAUCAGGUUUAAGACAAAUCUGCAUAUGUCCUUACUGCAGAUAACAGGUUAUAAAAAACUUUACUUGGAUGUGGAAAAUCUGAGGAAGGUCACAUAUGAUUCAGAUAACGAAGAACACGAGGAACAGUUAAUUGAGCUCUGGAAUUUGCUGAUGCCUCACGAAAAUCUGAAGGCCAGAAUCACGAAGCAGUGGUGUGACAUUGGCUUCCAAGGCGAUGACCCCAAAACAGACUUCAGAGGGAUGGGCCUGCUGGGAUUAGUGAAUCUGGUGUAUUUUAGUAAGCAUUACACCAACGAAGCUCGUCAGAUCCUUUCUCAUUCAAAUCACCCAAAACUGGGAUACUCUUAUGCAAUAGUUGGAAUUAAUCUGACUGAAAUGGCGUACAGCUUACUUAAGAAUGGUGCUUUAAAGUCUCACCUGUACAACAUGGUCCCUGGAUUGCCACAAAUGGAACACUUCCAUCAGUUUUACUGUUAUCUGGUUUAUGAGUUUGAUAAGUUUUGGUUUGAAGAAGAACCGGAAAGUAUUAUGCACUUCAACCAGUACAGAGAAAAAUUCCAUGACAAGAUUAAGGGCCUUCUACUGGAUUAUGAUGUGAUAUUAACCUUGCAGAAUACAAAGAAACCGUAAGUCCUCUGCAGCACAUCAGGUUCUGCGUCAAGAAGGGAAUUAUGCAUUUGGUUUUGCAAGUUUCACUCUGAACUGUAUAACAAUAGAACUCUUUUGCAUAGAAAAGAAAAAAGCAAGCUAAAUUGGGUUAAGAAAGCUCGGACAAUCAACCUCUGUUUACAGCUCUUAUAUGCUAUUCUCCAAAGGACAUUUUUGUGUGUGCGUUUAUCUUGUUUAAUUUGGUUUUGUUUUUAACCUGGAUGUCUGAAGAUCCUCCGGAUCGUUUGCUCUCAAUUUCUUUUAUACUUCUUAGCGCAAAAACUUGAAGCAGAUAUUUAUUCUGCACAGUGUUUCUCAUUAAUAGGUUUAUGUGAUCAUUGUAUUUUAAAGCUUUCUUUAGGUGAGGUUUCUGGUUUAGGCCCUUUGCGUUCUCAUUCUGUAUGUAUAGUCUAUGAUCCACUUGUCAGCGUUCUAUUUCUGCGAUGAAGGGAAUGCAUCGUCAUUUAUGAUCUUGGAGAAGAGGCUUAAUUCAGCAACGUACCGAUGUACGUACUACAAAUUCCUUCUGGCUAAGCAAGUUUUCUGCCUGUGGAUUUGUACCAGCAAAUGUCUGUGCUUGGAAAAAGCUUCAUUUGCAAACAAACAGAAAAAGAAUCAUAAAUCAACAACGUGAGGAUCGGGUCCUCUUUCUGAAAACAUUCCCGCUGUGAAACUUCUCCAUUCUUUCUGAUCUGAGACGUUUGACUUUGCCGCCAGCCCUUUCUUUUAGCAGAUGAUGGGGAAUUCUGAUUGGGAAGUACAAGGGAGUUAGAGUGUUCAGUCAUUAAUGUAAAAUAACACAAACCCCACAGCUGCAUCUGCCGUAUCUAUCCUUUGAAAAUUAACUCCAACUUCUAAUGAAAAUGCAUUUUUUUUUUCAUGGAAGGAUGCAGCUGUGACACAUUCCUUUACCUUGGCAUCCUCAGACAAUCUAAUCAAUAGGAUUUCCUGUGUGUAUUUUGACAAAUUGUUGCUUAAAGCAGCAUUAAACAGAUUUGGUAAAACCAUCACUUCUUUUCCUAAAACCUACUACUAAACAAGUGCCUUCUGCUUUAUUCAGUCAGUGUUUUAUUUUCGUUCUGUAACCCGAUCGUAGCCUUAGAAGCUUGAGUUAAUUGGGAAAACCUCUAUCAGUACGUACCUAACCAGCACACUGGCACAAAAGUGUUAUGCUAACACAGGCUUUCAUGGUUAUUUUUUUAAUUUUUAAAUCAUCUCAGGUAAAUGAGUUAACAACUAUGACUCAUAAUGAUGAGGCUCCUGAAGAACACAGAUUUGGAACAGGAGAGGAAAGAGACAAACUCCUUUAUGUGAUGAGUAAUGCUACGCUGCAGAAACACUACAUUUAUUAUUAUAUUAUGUAAUGUUAUGUCUCCUUGGAGAGAUUAAAAACGCAUGUGGACGAGGUCCUGAGCAGCCUGCUUAAAGCAGGGGGAAUUUGGACCAUGGGGUCUCCAGAGGUGCUUCCCCACUUCAGUAUUUAUGUGAUUCUCUAUCGUAUAAACAGGGACUUCUUGCACUGCUCUCAGUCCCUUAAACGUUUGUGAUCUUUGUGUUAGUGGGAAAGCUCCUGGUCAUGGUAUACAAUAUGUAUUUUAUAUAUAUAUACACACACAGGAGGUAAUGCAGUUCUGUCUUCUUUUAUGGUACUUUAGUUAUCGAUAAUGGUUGAACAGUUCUUGAGUUUACCAUGCACAGGGUGGAGAGAGGUUCAGCUCACCUAUGUUGGACUGAUACUAUUCUACUAAAAAGUAAACCUAAAUAUUGUUUGUAGUUGCAAGUACGUAAGGUUAUACCAUAGCUUGUAAGGAGAACAGCAGUUCUGUUGCUGCUCCCAGGUUCUUGGAGUCUUGUAAAUGUCACCACUGAAAAAACUGAGAUCCCGCGGUGCCAUUUCUCUCUGCUCCCUGUGCAAAUUGGACAUUCCCAAAGUCUGAUGGAGGGAAGGAGCUGAAAACGAGUUGUCUACUAUGUACUAGUCCCAGCUUCUUUCGUGCUAGUCUUCUUUAAUGAUUUUUGCUAUUGCUUGUAGGUCUCAUUUGCAAGUAAAUGGGGCACACCUUUUGCAUUUCGGAAGUGACCACAAGAUUCCUGCUGCUGCUGCCAGACAAGGAGAUCCCAUUCUUUUAUUUCAUCUUCCACUUGCUAGACAGUAACAGAGCUGUUACUGUCUCAGAAAUCCCUCUCCUCUCUGGUAGAGUCUGCAACCUUUUCUUUCUUUUUUUGGCAGUGGUAGCUCACAGAGCCUACAUGCCGGUCCUUCCAGCCUUGAAACUUGUAUUCAGCUCCUUGAUCUCUAGGAGGCUGCUGUGUAACUAUUGCUAAGGCGUUUAAAGCCCUACCAUCAUUAGUUUUCCUGUCACUUAACAAUGACGUCUUAGUCUAGAACGUAUGUUGAGCUCUGUAAAAUACGUCUUCAUUAGCUUUUUUUAAUUACAAAAUGUCAACCCAACCAUCACCAGAUGAGUGGUAUAUAUGGGAAUGCAUUAGUUUGUACGUAGUAUUUGUUUAUGAUGAGUAUUUGCUAGGCUCCACUACAGUUUCCCAGUAAAUGGUUAGAACCUGCAUGUAUUUUGGUGUGACGAGUACCCCAGUUCUUCUGAGAGUCACUGUGUGUAGAGUAGUAGCAGCUCUCUCUGUUUCGCACUGGCGGUGGGCUAAGUGUAUUGUGGUAGUGGCUAGAACAUGGGGCGGGGGAGGUAUAACUGCAUUAGAGGAGUGUUUAGGAUGGUGUUUUACUAGUCAGUGUGUUUUAUACCAACUGCUACAAUGACAAUCCUAAGGCUAUGGAAAAGAAAACAUUGCCUCUCUGCAAGUUGAUAUAAUCAAUUUGUUUCACAGCAGAAGUUGUUGCUCGGAGUUUAUUCUAAGAGUCCUACAAGUUAAAACUUGGUAAGUUCUCUUGCUGUUAUUUAUUAACUGUCAUGCGUUAUCUUAUUGGAACUUUUAAGUAUUGUUAGUUUGCUAACGUGCUGCAUCCUCAAAACAUUCACUACACGGUGGCUGAUACCUAACAGUCAUUUUAGGACAAAAAAUAAGACUGAACACAAAGUGGUUCUCUAAUUUUUGUUGUUCUUGUAGCAACUGUUUAGCAAACUACCUCCCUUGCCCUUGUUCAAGCAUAGGCUUCAAACAUGGUACUGCACCACGAACAAAGUAAUGUGGAGGUAUGUAAAGAUGAUUACAAGUCAAGGUAGAAGCUUGUCUUUCAUUCAUUGAACACGUGGCCUCAAAAAUAACCAACGUAAUUGGAAAGCAUGAUUUGAAGACAGUGCUACCUAAGAAACAGAAAUGUUUUUAAACUGCUGCUUCUGCCACCUGAUAGUGCAGACAAUGGGAUGUCCUGUCCUAAAAGGGCAAGAGGAGAAGGGACCAAUUCAAGCACCUCGAGUAAUUUUGGAUUUUCACUCACUGGGGUAAAACAAACAAAAAGCAAACCCCAAGCAUCCAUUCCCUAGAUUUUUCCAUCCUAGUUUCAAUAAACGUUUAAAAACAAGAAUGUUAGUUAGCCUUGUCUUAGGAAUUACUGUGAUGGAAAAGGUUUGUGGGAAUUCAGUAGUCACGAUUAUUGAAAAUACAACUAGUGGAUUUUUUUGGUCAUCCCUGUUUGUUUUGUGUUGCUAUAGUGCUGUGGUGAUCUAUCUUGGGACUGAUGUUUCCUGUGCCAGUCUGUAUACUGUCUUUCACUUGGGAAGGGAGUGGUGGAGGGGGGGGGGGGGGAAAGAGACACCUGAGAGUGCUGCCAGUGGGCAGUUUCUCCUUAUCACACUGUGCUUAGAUAACUACAUACUAAUAGAAAUUUAUGUUUACCACAGUAUAAAAGCAAUAACGUAAACUGUGAUGUCUGUGUAAUGGAAACUUAUGUUUACAAUGGUAGGAAAUAAAGAACGAGUUAUUAAAAA